AUGGCGGGUGCAAGUUUGAUAUGGUCGCCAUGGCAAUCUACUAAUAUUAAUAACAAAGGAGGCUAUCCUUUUCCUUACAACUCUUCUAUUUGCAAUAAUACUUUUAAUUUCAAAAGACGUUUUCUUUCUUCUUCUUCUUCCAAAUUAAAGCACGACCAUGCCGUUACCGAUUCUUCUGCCUCCUCCAAGCUUUCUCCCCUUCACACCCAUUUCUCUUUCUCUGGGUGUGGUUGCUCGUGGAUUCAAGACAAUUCAAUGGUUCUUGAAAGUAAUGGGCUGACGUCCUCCAAGACAUGCUCUGCGUUACCAGCAAAAACAGUGGAUGUCUCUUCAGUCUCUGACCUUUUUGAGUUCAUUUGCUCUGGUCCCCUCGUCGACAAGAUUGGUAUUACUCCUGAAAAUGUUGGCCAGUCCAUUGACAAAUGGUUACUCUAUGGCUCCCAGCUCUGCAGACUCUUUCAGCUCAAUGAGCUUAUGCUCACCAUUCCUCAGAAAGCUCGGCUCUACCAUUACUAUAUCCCCGUCUUUGUUUGGUGCCAAGACCAGAUUGCUCUGCAUAACUCCAAGUUUAGUGAUGGAGAUGAUGUGCCUCCACUUGUGAUUGGAUUUAGCGCCCCUCAAGGAUGUGGGAAGACUACACUUGUGUUUGCACUUGAUUAUCUUUUCAAAACUACUAAAAUGAAGUCUGCGACAAUAUCCAUAGACGAUUUUUACUUGACUGCUCAAGGCCAGGCUAAAUUGAGAGAAGGGAAUCCAGGAAAUGCACUCCUAGAGUAUCGUGGAAAUGCAGGAAGCCAUGAUCUUCCAUUCUCUGUCGAAACAAUAGAAGCACUGGCUAAACUGACCAAGGAAGGUAAGCUUCCAUCAAUACAAGUUUUAUUCUUGUCUUCUGCGUACAGCGGAAGAGGUGACAGAGGCGAUGCAACAACAUGGCCUGAAGUUGAAGGACCUCUAAAGGUUAUUCUCUUUGAGGGAUGGAUGCUUGGUUUUAAACCUCUUCCGGCUCAAGUCGUUAAAGCAGUGGAUCCGCAGCUGGAGACGGUGAAUAAGAACCUUGAAGAGUAUUAUGAGGCAUGGGACAAGUACAUAAAUGCUUGGGUAGUCAUCAAAAUCAAGGACCCAAGUUAUGUAUACCGGUGGCGUCUUCAGGCGGAAAUAGCCAUGAGGCAGGCUGGGAAACCAGGGAUGUCAGAUGAUGAGGUGAAUGACUUUGUGUCGAGGUAUUUGCCGGCAUAUAAGGCCUAUCUUCCGACCCUUUACGCGGAAGGACCAAGCGGCUCGGACCCUGACCGUGUUCUUGCCAUAGAUAUCGAUGAAGAAAGGAACCCAAUACUCGCAAACUAAUUGUCUUGUUGUAUGU